AUGUCUAAAUCCCGCACACGAUCUGGCUGUUUUACGUGCCGCAAGCGCAAGAAGAAGUGUGACGAGCGCCUCCCCGUGUGUUCGGGGUGUUCACGCAACUUCCUUCAGUGCUGUUGGCCAGAAAAUACCGCAAAGGCACUGCCCAAGGAUUUCAAGAUAAAAGCGGCCGUUUCUCCUCCAGAAACCCACAAGGAGCCUUCCCCCGACACCGACGAAUACCCUGUGCCGGCGAAUAUGUGCUUUGUGUUUGAGUUGCCAUCUUACCAGUCCGAAUCGCCCAAAUCGCCGCCCCGCUACGACAUCAUCUCCCCACAUCCAAACCUCCAUAUGGUGGUGAACGACUCCUCGGCUAAGUUCUCGUGGCUGAUCGUUGCCGUUCACACCCUGCACACGUUGGAGACGCAGUUCCAUAAACAACUCGACUCGCAGACGCUGGACGCGCUCUCGUCGUUGCCCGACAGCUCCACCGUGCUGAACGUUUUUGUGCGAAACUUCCCGCUUGCGCUAUUCUUUGGCAACACCCAAAAACUGCCGUCGCCGUACGAGUUCUACAGCCAUAGUCUGACGUUUGCGUCGCUCGUGGACCUGCCAUUUGCGUCCGACUGGCACGUCGCCCAACAGCGUGCGCUUUUGCUUGAAAGUAUGGAAACCAUGGCCAAACUGGCAGAUGCGAAAACGACUAAGAUGCUGGCCCCCGUGCGCCACAAAAUGACUCUCACUUGGACGGCCAUCCAGACGCUCGAGAUCCAGCUGCCGUUGCAACAACUGUCGGAGUCGCAGAAACAGGCCCAGAAAAACCUGGCCGUGUUCAAAGCACUGUUUUAUUCGCAAGAAAUCCUCUACCUCAAGCUCGCAGACCAGACCACAGACUCAUCCAGCCCGGUGGUCAAGUUCUACUUGGAGCAGCUGUUUGGCGAACUCAACUUCCUCGACGGCGUGUCGCUGUCGGUGCUACUUCUGCCACUGCUCAUCGGAGGCUGUGUGGCUGAUAAAAUGUCGUAUCGUGAAUUUUUCUCCAAAGAGCUAUACAUCAUGGCAGCCCAGCAGAAUUACCCGCUGGCUAAAUCCCUGGCCGAAACCCUUGAAGACCUGUGGUGCGCCGAACAAUCCGGCAUGGCGUCGGCCUAUUCGUGGCUCAUAUCGACGUCCGGUCACUGA